AUGCAGCAGCUGAGACGGUUAAGAUUGUGGGGAAAUCAAUUUGUAAGUGGAAGCAGUGAUUUGCCUAUUCUAAGAGCGUUAACUAAUUGCUCCAGCUUGGAAAUUCUUGAAUUGGGAUUUUAUCAUCUCACUGGUGUCUUGCCCACUUUAGUUGGUCACCUUUCAAAUUCACUAUCUAUUUUAGCUCUGAACUCAAAUGAAAUUGGGGGAAGCAUACCAAAUGAGAUUGGUAACCUGACAAACCUGAGAGACUUAGCUCUAAGUGUAAACCGAUUCAAUGGGACCAUUCCAUCUGCACUCGGCAAACUUCCAAAUCUAGAAAGAUUAUAUCUAAAGUCAAACAAUUUGCAGGGAAGAAUUCCAAAAAGUUUUGGCCAAUCAAAAAGGCUUGGAUAUUUGACACCAAGUAAGAAUAUGCUUUCAGGACAAAUUCCAGAUAGUCUAGGCGAGCUUCCACAAUUAAGAGAGCUUUUUCUUUAUCGCAAUCAACUAUCAGGUAAAAUGCCUGCCAGUUUAGGGAAAUGUAAGACAUUGGAGAGGGUGGCCUUUUCCCACAACAAACUAAUAACAGACAUACCUCCUGAAGUUGUAGGUCUUCAAAAUAUCAAGUUUUUUUUCAAUGUUUCCAACAAUUUCUUGCAAGGUUCUAUUUUGGAAAUGAGUAAAAUGGUUAUGGUUUUAGCUAUAGAUCUUUCUCAAAACAAUUUAUCGGGUGUCAUUCCUAGUGCACUAGCAAGCUGCAAGUGUUUGGAAUAUCUAACUCUUUCUUCGAAUGCAUUUGAGGGGCCAAUCCCUGCAUCACUAGCAGAUCUGCAAAAUCUGCAAUACAUGGAUCUUUCUCGCAAUAAUUUGUCAGGUAUGAUACUAGUGACUUUCAAAAAGAUGAAAAUGCUCCGACAUCUCAAUCUCUCUUCAAACAAGUUGACUGGAGAGGUCCCAAAGGAAGGAGCUUUCGCAACACUCGAUGUGUCAGAAGUUAUGGGAAAUCUUGGCCUCUGUGGUGGAUGGAUAAACUUGCCACCAUGCUCUCAUUCCAAUCACAAACAGCCAUCAGUCUCCAAAAAGGUGAUUAUUCUUGUCAUAGUAGGCAUUGCAAUUUUGAUCAUGUCUCUUCUAUUGGUAGUAUUUUCUUAUAUAUUAUGUAGACAUUCUAGUACCCCUGCUCUCAAUGUAAGGCCUCCAAAAAUUUCAUAUGAAGAACUUGUAGAUGCAACUGGUGGGUUUAGUGAUGAAAAUCUUUUAGGAAUUGGUAGUUUUGGGUCAGUUUAUAAAGGAAUUCUAAAUAAUGGUACAAAUAUUGUUGUUAAAGUUCUCAAGUUGCAAGAUCAACAUGCUCACCAAAGUUCUAGUAGAGAAUGCAAUGCAUUAAAGAGAGUUCGACAUCGCAAUGUAAUAAAAAUAAUUUCAGCAUGCUCCAAUCUUGAUUUCAAAGCCUUAAUUCUUCCAUUCAUUUCAAAUGGAAGUUUAGAGAGAUGGUUGUAUCAUCCAGAUGGUGGUAGAUGCAGAUUAAAUUUGAGUGAUCGAAUAAGGAUAGCAAUGGAGAUAGCAGAAGGAAUGAAAUAUCUUCACCAUUAUUGCUUUGUUCAAGUGAUUCACUGCGACCUCAAGCCCAAUAAUGUCCUAUUAGGAGAUGACAUGACUUCAUACAUAGCAGAUUUUGGCCUUUCCAAUAUUAUUUUCGGCAAUUCCAUGGAUUCUUUGAUUUCUACAGAUGCACUUAAAGGAUUUGUUGGCUACAUUGCACCAGAAUAUGGAAUAGGUGGAAAGCUUACUACAAAAGGAGAUGUAUAUAGUUAUGGAAUUUUAAUUCUAGAGUUGUUGACAAGGAGGAGACCAACAGAUGAUAUGUUCACUAAAGGAAUCAAUCUACAAAAAUGGAUAGAAAUGCAUUCUCCAAAUAGAAUCUCAGAUGUGGUGGAUAAUUGUUUACUUAAUGCUCAUGAAUCAGGGACAUCAAUGGUAAUAGAAUGCCUUACUCAAUUUAUACACAUUGGGCUCUUUUGCACAAGGGAGUCACCUCAAGAGCGACCUGAUAUGACUGAGAUAGUUGAUAGAUUAAAUACAAUCAGAGGUGCAUUUCUUGGUACACCUAAAACUCCUCAAUUACCAAUAGACAUCUCACCUUUUCUUGACAAUACGAGAGGUAUAAAUAUGGCUGGUUCAGGGAACGAUGAAGGUUCAUCUACAUCUACUUCCUAG